UUCGCGGCUACUUGUUUAUUUUUUCCAUCGUGGAAUUCGAAAGGCCUAUCAAAGUCGAUUUAUCAACCAUAGACUAUAUCGUAGCACGAAAGAAAAUAAAAAUUUCCGGCGGUUACGUGAUUCGUACGCAAGAUGUACUUUGCAUGUACAUCGUCGUAUCGGUGACUAUACACGUAUCGUAAUAUUAUUCAUAAGCAAAAGUAUUUGUAACUAUAACGAAAAUCAGUAUAGUCUCACACUCUCGUAUGUUAUAGAGAGUUUCAGAGAGAUUCACAGAGUUUCACAGAGUUUUAGAUAGUUUUAGAGAGUUUUAGAAUGAUUUUGUAAGGAAUCAGUAUUACGCCCGAAGCAAACGUUUAUCGUCGUUUGAUUUCUUCGUUUAUAGAGAUCGUCGAUUAUGCUGUCGCGAUCGUCGUCGUAUCGUAUGAAGAGCGAAUAAUAUGAUAAGCGCGCAUUAUUAAUUAACGCGUGCCGUUGAACCUUCGUUUUUCGCUUUACAGUUUCCGUUUGUGUUCGCUAUUUGUAUUCGUUGUUCGAGAAGAAGGAUUCGAGUUAAACGCGAUCGACAAAAUUCUCGCGCGAAUUGAUUUUUAUCAACGUCAUAAAUAUUAUAACGUCGUUUAUCGAAAUAAGUAACAAAUGUUCUUUGUUAACUCGUCCGUGGACACAAUAAACGAUUCUAUAGGUUUUACCAGUGUACCAUAAACAUGGUCGUCCCCUUGUACGUAUCAGCGUUUGCUGAAAAGCAACUACGUAUGUGUAGCUUCUUCGUAUGGAAUGAAGUCGUGUCAACGUAACAGUGAGAAAGGAAAUUUCUCGAAUGUCAACGAUGCGUGUUAUCUCGUUAUUAUGGCCUUACAAAAACAUCUAUGCGUUCGAGCCAGAAAACCAACUCGCUCGAAGGAACGAUUGGCAACAACAGCAGCAGCAACGACAACAACAACAACAACAACAACAACAACAACAUCGUCAAGCUGGCAAUUCGGAUAUUCGAGAGAGAAAUUUCGUUUGCGUGGAGUGCGGCAAGGCAUACGCGGUUCACAGGUCGCUCUGGAGACACCUAAAGUUCGAAUGCGUCAAUGCCAAACCGAAAUUGGCGUGCGAUGCCUGCUCCUAUGAAAGUCCUCACAAAUGGUGCAUGGAGAAUCACAAAAAGAGACACCACAGCAACGUUUGCAAUUGAUAGUUUGUUCGUUCGCCUGUCUACGAAGAUCGAUGCACGAAUUGAACAACAUACCCGAUGCUUGCUCGUUACGAAGGAUAUUUUUAAGAAAAUUCUUAUCGCCUCGACCGCACGAAUGUAACCAACCCCGACAGUUUAUCUCUUCGAGUUAUGGAUUUUUCGUCCUAUUACACGAAAUAAAUUUUCUCCCAUGUUAGACGUCGACAACGACGUCCGAUUUGUGCGUGAUUACACGUUAAGACCGCUAAUGUUUCAAGGCAGCCCGAAUACCUGCGACAAGCCACUGUGUAUCAUAGUAUUUACAAACAUAGUUCUUUUUUUACUUUUUGCACGCGUAAAUAUUUAUGUACAAAAAUAUUUCCAUACGUAAGAAAGCAACUUGUAAGUAUUGUUAUUCAAUUUUUCUCGACCCUACGGAUAGAUCGAGCAGAAUGACUGCGAUAGAUGCAACGAAGCAUCUACUCGUUCUGCAACAAGUACUACGUAUAACGGUAUUUUUUAUUAAAUCGAAGCGUCCAAUGGGUGGUCUCGAGUUUGUACGUGACGACGAGGCGAUAACAGGCGACCUAGGGCGAAAUAACAACGAUCGAGUAACAAUGCGAAAGACGAGGGACAGCAAUCGUUGAUUUUGAUAAUUGGUUACACAUAGUGAUUUAGGCUUCGCAGUGAUUGAUUUAUCCGAAUUUUGCAAUCACGCUUGCGUUCGAGCCACGAUUACUUGAUUUCUGUAAUAAACCGAUUCCGCAGAAA